UUGACACCAUUAGGGAGCUGUGCACAAAAACAGGGCCUGAAAACGUUGACCUUCAGCGCAUGCUGCAGUGCCCAUCUCUGAGGUGCUGGUGGGAGCGCUGUCUGGAGAUUGUGUUUGGCUUUAGGAGUUGUUUAGUUGCUGCUGUGACGUGAUGGUAUUUGCUGUUUGUGUUGUAACUAUAUUUUGGAAGUAAUUGGUGUGGUUUUCUAGUCACUGAGUUGGCUUUCCCUCCUGUUUUUCUUAGUCUGAAUGCAAAAUACUGCUGGAAGAACAUUAAGGUUGUUGGUAUUUGUGUGGUGCUGUUGUAAUUUUUCCCACUUCUUAUUAGAAACUUUCCUGUCCCAGCCUCUAAAAGAAAAAAUUAUGAAUGGCACAUAGUUUUUCUGAAUAUUGAGGGUUUUGUGCUUCAUUUGGUUUAAGUGUUGAUUUACUGGCUUUGUUUUUCCGUGCGUCAAGAUUCUAAGUCAGUCGUGAAUUUUUUCUCUUCGCGUAACCUGAGGAUUUUCAUUUAAAGUGAAUUGUAUGCUCAGGCAUAGCACUGGAUGCCAAAUAGAGUACAUAGGCCCUCACUUUGAACUGAUUAAUUUAUUGCUCUGUAGGUACUGCUUGUUGAGUGUUCCAAGUUCACCUUCCAAAUAUGAGCAGUUUGCUGGUUGCCAGAGACAGAGAAGUAAGGGUUUCUGGCUUUGGCUAGGACUGGGUUCAUGUUGCAUUCUUUUAUCAUUUUGAAACAUGUCAGAACCAAGAUGACUAUCUACUUACUUUGAAACAGAAUCUGUAAUAUUUUAGAAUCAAGAAGUCAGAUUUGUUGCUGCUCAGAAGUGAGAGAAUGAAGAUUAUUCCAGCAAUGUGCAUGUGCUGCUUGUGUGGCUCACUGCAUGAUUGAUCUAAGGACCUGCACUUUUUGUAGACUUGAUUUAUUUAGUUUGUAAUACUGUUAACUGUACUAAAUGGGUAGUUAUUCAGGGGUUUUGUUAGUCUGCAUAAUUUGGGAGUUUCCUUCAAAUCCCUUUUUAUUCAGGACAGUGUUAUUUUAUUGCAUUAUGAGAGUUUAUCAAGUGUGAACUUUAACAGCAUGAAAACCAAACAAUAAAGUAAAGACCUGCUGAUAGGUCGAGGCCUAACGUCUGUCAGCAGUGCGAAUACUACUUGCUGGUUUUCUGCACUCAGUUCAAGAAACCUAUAUUCAUUUCCAUUCUGUCAGAGUAUACAGCAAUCUUAUAGUGUUUUUUGAUACACAAUUGCCUUUAAUUUUACUUACAGAUAAAUAUUCAAAGAAUAAGGUACAUAAAAUGUGUGGCAUCUACUUAAAUAAGGCAAAGUUUAUGGCUUGGGUUUUUUUAUUAUGUAGAAGAGAGAGGAACAGAGCUUAGUUCUUUGGGUUAUAAUUAAGUCGCCUAAAUCACGGGACUGUCUUUUCUUUUUCAGUAGUGCGAUCCGUCCUCCCCACCUACCAGCUUCUGCCACAAACGGUGUAAGCAGUAUCAGUGACAAGUUAUGCAGCUUUCUCCUGCGUUCUUCGCUGCACUUAUACAAGAGAGCAGUCAGUAUUCUAGUGUGAACAUCAGUAACUUCUUGACCUCCAAAAAAAUGACACGCAGGGACAAACUCUUCAUUAAUGCUGUUCAGCAUGAGCAGGGUAGUGUGUAAAUAGAGUAGAGGAAUGAAGGAUUAACGUAUUCCUCUCUGAACAAUAUAUCUGAUCGAUGGUUGAAGAGUGAUGCAUAGAAAGUGAGUGGGUGGAGAGUGAGCCAAAGGAAUGAAAAACUGAGGAGGAAAUGUAGGAUGGUGCUGGAAGGUUGUCAAAACCCGAGAUUUGCUGUCUGCUGCAAAGUGGGCAUGUUGUAACCAGAAUAAAAACAGAGUUGGGUUUUGACCUAAAUUUCUAUGCAUGCAAAUAAGUUUGGACUCAAAGUUUAUGCUGUCCUUGCUUUAAGGGCUUUAUGUAGAUAUGAAUUUGAGUGUAUGUGUGGCGAGAAGGUGCAUUGUCAUUAAAUUAAGAGUAUGUUCUCUUCCUUCGUUGUGCUUUGUAGAAGUGGCCUGGGGAAAAUGCUUGUUUGUAAUGCAUGAGAUUACUGCAAGGCUGGCUUGGAAUAAGUGUGUAUGACCUUGAUUUUCAGGCUGGCCUGCAUUUCAAGGCUGUGGUAAGCUUCUAUAGCUUCUUUAUGGAAGCUGUAUUUUAAAUAAUAAAGUACUGUGUUCAUAAAUUUAUGGUAAGGGUGCUUGGUGAGCUGUAUGUAUUUUGAAGCGUGUUAGGAAUGUUUCCGCUCAGGAAAUGUAGGCUGGCGGAGAAAAUCUUAAAGGAUGAAGCUUCAGAACACCGUACUGCAGUACUUCAAGCUGCUGGGUGUGUGGCAGCAGCCAGUUUUAAGACUCUGAGGGCAGAUCCAGAAGAACUGUUCACAAAACUGGAGAAAAUUGGUAAGGGCUCUUUUGGUGAAGUUUUUAAAGGAAUUGACAAUCGGACUCAGAAAGUGGUUGCUAUAAAAAUUAUCGACCUAGAAGAAGCAGAAGAUGAAAUAGAAGACAUCCAACAAGAAAUCACAGUGCUGAGUCAGUGUGACAGUCCAUAUGUAACUAAAUAUUAUGGAUCCUAUUUAAAGGAUACGAAAUUAUGGAUAAUAAUGGAAUAUCUGGGUGGAGGCUCUGCCCUUGAUCUAUUAGAACCUGGCUCACUUGAUGAAACCCAGAUUGCUACAAUAUUAAGGGAGAUACUCAAAGGACUUGAUUACUUGCAUUCAGAAAAGAAAAUCCACAGAGAUAUUAAAGCUGCUAAUGUAUUGCUGUCUGAACAAGGAGAAGUAAAACUAGCAGAUUUUGGAGUAGCAGGGCAACUAACAGAUACACAGAUAAAGAGGAAUACCUUUGUAGGAACACCAUUUUGGAUGGCACCUGAAGUAAUAAAGCAAUCAGCAUAUGAUUCAAAGGCAGAUAUCUGGUCAUUAGGCAUAACAGCCAUAGAACUUGCAAAAGGAGAGCCACCUCAUUCGGAACUACAUCCAAUGAAGGUUUUGUUUCUCAUUCCUAAGAACAAUCCACCAACGCUGGAAGGAAACUUCAGUAAAUCCCUCAAAGAAUUUGUUGAGGCCUGCUUAAACAAGGACCCAAGCUUUAGGCCUACUGCAAAAGAGCUCCUAAAACACAAAUUUAUUUUACGAAACUCAAGGAAAACUUCCUACCUGACUGACCUUAUUGAUAGACACAAGAGAUGGAAGUCUGAACAAAGUCAUGAUGACUCCAGUUCUGAUGACUCAGAUACUGAACCAGAUGGCCAGGCUUCAGGUGGGAGCGAUUCGGGAGAGUGGAUCUUUACAAUAAGAGAAAAAGACCCCAAGAAUCUAGAGAAUGGAGCAGCCCAGCCUUUGGAAUUGGAAAGAAAUAAGGAAAAGGAUAUGCCAAAGAGGCCUCUAUCCCAGUGCCUGGCUACAGUUAUAUCCCCUUUAUUUGCAGAGUUGAAAGAGAAGAGUGAAGUGUGUGGUGGUAACACAGAUUCCAUAGAAGAACUGAGAAAGGCAAUUUAUUUAGCUGAAGAGGCUUGUCCAGGCAUUGCAGAUAACAUGGUGUCACACCUUGUGCAGAGACUUCGGAGAUACUCACUAGCUGGAGGAAGUUCUUCAUCCUACUGAUGUCCUGGUUUUGACUUUUCUAAGACAACAGGGGUCCCACGGUAUCUGCAUUGAAGCGAUGCACCCUAAUGUUGUCCUGCCCUUCAGUAACUGGAAUGUCCUUUGGCAGGAGGACAUUUCUAAAUGUGCAAGAGUGAAAAUGAAGUCUGUUGGAUGGAGGCGGUCUUUUUCAGCUCUUUAAAGCUAUAAUUUUUUUAAAAUGAUAAUGCACAUAUUCCAGGGAGGUGUUUUUUUUGUAAAAUCUGAAAUGUAUAUUUAGGUUUGUGAUAGAGAAAUUGAAGAUAUUGAGAAACCUCAGGUAUCUUGCUUUAAGAAUUCCACUGGGAGAUGGAGUAUGUUUGUUGGAAUUGUGUACAGAUAUGUAUAUAAUGUCUUUUUUUAACUAAAAGCCUUUCAGCGUGCAUAAGGAAUCACUGUGUACAAACUGGUAAAGUGCUUCUGUAGAUAACGCUAGUGGGUAAAUAUUUGACAGGCCAUAACUGAGUAUUGCCUUGCCUUUAUUACAUGUAAAUUUUGAAUUAUGUGAUAAGUGAAUCUUGGUUUGAUUUUUGUAUGUGAAGGAUUUGCCAUUGAAAGAGUUAAUCCUGUACUAUGGAAACUUCUAUUCGUACCUCAGCAAAGACACAGUUUUAUUCUAUUUCUCCAGUAUUUCUUCCUUUUUAUCUAUAUUCUUAGCGUGACUUUCUAAUUACGGUACUACUUCUGGUUGUUUUAAAUUUAAUACACCUUAUCUUUCAAAGCUUUAAAUUUAAAUUAUUGGUUUUCCUAAAGAAUGAGCUCUUUCAUGUUUUCAGUUUUAAAUUGUGCCAAUGCAAAUUCUGAAGCAUAUGUAUUGUUCAAUUUUAGUAAAAGAUAUUUGUGAAGCUUGUAGUGAGAUUCAGGUGCAACCUUUUUUUUUUCACCUAAGCUUGUUUGAAUGCUCACACAAAUAAAUCUUUAUAACCUACAUUUAUUCUGAAAUAUCUCAUUAAGGUGUUGGCUCUGAGACAGUGGCAAGAAUUACUUCAUCGUGCCUGGUUUUAUCAUUAAAAUUAAUGUCUUGCAGCAUAGAAUCUAUUAUCCAUAGAUUCACUAUUUGGUCUUGCUGCCUAAAUCUGUGCAUCUCUUUACUGAAGUGAUAGAUGUCAGACAGAAAGACUGCAAAACUGAGCCCGUGUUGUAUACCGUGUCUUAUCACUUGUCUCCCCAGAAAAAAAGUUAAUUGUUGAAAAUUCUAAAUCCUGAUAUUUCCAGUGUUUCUGUGAGCGCUCCUAGAUACCUGGCUUAGGGUUUUAUAGUUCUUAGAAACUGUAACGUUAGUUACCCACGCCAAUGAGGUGGCAUUUGUUUUCAUAGUGUUACUCUGAGGUUUUACCUUGGUUUCUUUCACCAAGGGGAUAUUCAGGUGCUUCUUACUCUGGUUGCUAAGAGAGCAUUUUUGCCUUGUUUUAAUGCAGAAAUCAAUUUGAUGCUUUAGAUGACAGUGAGGUAACAGACCUGUUUAUUUUUUUUUUACUCUAUAUAUGAGUUUUGAAACAGGAAGGAUUAAAAUUUUAAAAGUUGAGGCAUAUCUGCCUGGCUUGAUACAGAGAGAACCAGGUUCUCUGACCAUUCUGGAAGCUGGUCAGGUUUCCUUGCAGGUCUUCACAUCACCAUGGUAGCCCUUAUUCUAUGCAUAUUAAUAGCCUUAAAUAUUAAUUAUUAAUUUAGCAGUUAGAGGAUGCUGUCAGGCUAACAGAGCUAUGUAACUUCUGACCAGGCUGAAACACUAGUUGAAAGAAAUGGGUGUAAAUCCACUCCUUUUAGCCAUAUUCUUAGGUAACAACACAUUUGGCAGCAUAAGCAGGUAAUGAUUUUUCUUCAUGGCAGUUGAAUUUAAGGUAAAUUGAACAAUGCAUAAGUUUGAACAAUGGUUUAUAACUCCUCUUUGAUGAAUAUCUUCAAAUACGUUGGUUUGUGUGUUCUUAAACGUGAAGGAUUGGCUUACCUUUGAGGAAACGAACUCAGCUUUGCUGUUGUGAAAUGUGCAUCUGAAUACAGCGCAGUGGGAAAUCUCCCUGUUGACAUCUCAGUAUUAAAACACUCAGCCAUUCAAUAAAUAAGUGCUGUUACAGCAUAUGGAAAGAAACAGGUGUGUUUGCAUUUGAAACAUUCACAGAUCAAUGGAAGCUUUCCCUCAGUCAUCUGUCUUUACUGCAAGGACUUGAAAUUAAAGCACACUUCCUUGGAGAUGCACAGAACUUGGAGGGUUAGAGGGGGAGUUAAAUUUAUGGUGCUGGCUGGAAUCUCAAGAAUUUCACAAUCAGGAAACGAAAUGAAGUUCUAAGGUACGCAGGUUUUGAACAAUCAUUUAAAAAAUUACUUGCUUUAUUUUUUUUUUUUUUGAGUUGCAUUUUUAGUUGUGUUCCAGAACUGUAUAUUGAGGAAAUACUUCUCUGAGUAGGUUGUGGCAGAAUUUGCUUGGUUAAUGUGUCCCUUGGCUUAGGAGCUUAAAAUGAGUAAGAGUUAGAAUAAGGCCAGUUGGCCAAAAGGCUGGGACAUUUAGAAAAAGACAAGACCUCAUUUAUGGUAGAGAUGUGUAUUUUUAUAUGUAAUAUAUAGAUUAUUUAAACAGAGACUAUCUUAAACUGAGAUUCACUGAAAAAAACCCAUGUGCUGUAUCUUGAAUGUACAAUUACAAUCAUUUGCUGUUGAAAAGUAUUGUUGCUUUACAAAUCAGAUCUUUAUUGGCAAACGGAAGAAGAAGAGCUUUGUUUGAAAGAAGCGUGGCCUCAGUUUCGGAAAGAAAAAGACUUGUAUUGAUAUUUUUGAGAGGCGGUUUCGUGCUAAAAACAUGUCCAUGUUAUAAUGUUGCACUGAUGAUUUUUCUGUGCAGGUAGAAUCUUCUUCACUCAGUCUUGAAUAUACAAAGCGAGAUGCUAUCCCUAUUUAUGCAAACAUUGAAAUUAGUGGAACUGCUUAUUUGUCAGGGAUUUUGAGAUUAGGCAGUAAAUAAACUCACUGUUUUAACAAGAUAAAAUCAGUCAUUUGAACUGACAGCUUGCUUUUUAUAAGUAUCAAGAUGUGUAAUCUAUUUUUUUAACUUAAUUUUCCUUGCAGUUGCACUUUGUAGUUGAUCCCCAGUUUACGAAAGGAUGAGGGCAGGAUGGCUGUCGUACAGAACGCUUUUGGUGUAAUAACAAAGCAGCUCUUUCUGGGAAGUGUCAAAGGUGGUGCCUUUGCAGCUCCAGCCAUUUCAUAUGUGUCCUUGUGAGUAUGGACAGACCAAAUAAUUCCGACAGAAGGAUUGAAUUGCGUACAGGAGGGGUGGCUGGAUGGGGAAGGUGGGCACUGUUACCGCACUGCAGAGUAGCUGACACCUUGUGAGUCUAUGUCCUGCGUCAUCCACCGUAACUCCUUCAUCCCCCCUGCUUUUACUGUACUGGUGAAACGUCUUGUUCAGCUCUUCCCGCUUUCUGUGGCGUUCCGUAGUAUUUUUUUAAACAACACGGUACCGGUUUGUAAUAGUUUUACAUUAGCCUUACUUUUAAGGAAGCGUAUUUUUGCCUUCAAGAACGUCACCAUCAGAAGAUGAUCAGAAGUGCUGAUGAGCACGGGUGUAACGCAAGGACAGUACAAAUUAUUUUUGUAAGUUGCUGGGGAGGAGCUUAAAGUAUAGCACAAAUCUGCAAUCUUGCUCUUUUAAACUGUUUUGCAGAUGUGCUGGUAAUUGCACUGAGUGUAUGCAGUAGACAAAUAGUAUGUAACGGUUUUCUGCCUUCUUUUAAAGCAUGAUUACAGAGGACAAUUCAAUUGUAUCUCUUGUUUUCUGUAACAUCGCUGCCUGUUUGCAAUUGUGUAUUUCAAUUUUACUUUUGUCACUCUACACCAACAUAAUAAAACUCCUUGUAAACUACAUGACCUAGAAAUAAAGAAGGAAAAGUUUAAUGCAACUUUGCCAUCUGAGUGGUCAGUAAGAUGAAGUUUGGGGUUCUCCUUGUAGAAGGGGGUGAUCUGGAAGAGGUUUCUCGCUCGGUUACCGCAGACCUGUCAGGAAUAGUAAGCAGAAAGUUUAUUGAUUGGUGUUUAGUUUAUCUCAGAAUUGGUACAUGAGAGAGCUUUUCUUGAAACUCGACACUAUCCGAGCAAGAAUGUUGAGAAUAGUUUAUUUUCUCUUGGGGAACUUGUAUCUCACAGGUGGCUCAACCAUGUGGGAAGUUUAGUUCUUCUCUUGAUUGAGACUUUUCUGUCUACAGAUCCAAGUGAUUGCUAGUGCACUGUUUUGGUUAAAUAUGUGCGGUUCUGUAUUAAUAAGACAAUGUGCCAAUUCCCAGAUGGCAGUGAUUUCAGGCUGCUUUAUAGUCCAGUGAAUCUGAUGAAGUGCUCACAAGUGGCAUUAGCUUAACCCCAACCAUCGCAGCCAUGAUUACCCCCACGGCUGAGUGACAAACUGUGUGACAGCCCAGCUUCUGUAAUUGUAUUUCAUUACUAGUUUCUCCUGGUAAAAAACAUCCGUGUGCCACAUUGCCAGUUUUUUCCCCUGGGGGUUGGGAAUCUGUGUGCUCUGGCAACUGGACAGCUGCUUAUCCAUAAUUAUGUUUUCUUUUGAGGGAUAAGAGCAUGUGAUUAGUUAUGUGUUAAAAGGAAAAAUGGACAAAAUGGGGCUUUUCAGGUCCUGCUUGUUUCUCUGUGUUGUUUUUCGCCAGUGGAAUGGUGGGAUAUUGCCCCUGGUUUUUCUCUCUAUAACAAGUUUUCCUUGAUAGACCUCUUUUCACCGGUCCGAGACCUUUAUCGAGAUUUCUCCAAUCACAGCAUGUUUUUGCUCUAUCUGCUAACUUGUCUUCCAGGCUGUCAUUUUUGGCUGCUUUCAGCUGAAUUUACAAAGACAUCGAGGUCUCAACAGCUUUUAAUUAAAAUUUUGUGAAAACUCGUAGGCGUAUCAGUAACUGCUCUCAUCUUCAUGAAAGCUAAGUCAGGCAGCAGAGAAAUGAUGGAGAUGCUUAGUCUCGUGGAAAAAACCACUCACAGGAGGCCGGGCUUUGCUGAUCCCAUUGCAUGUGGUGCAACUUCCAAUGGGAAUAAAGUUCCUGGUUUGCUUUGAUUUGUUCAUUAUUUGAAGCCACCAACUGGUUAUUCAUGGUGAAUAAUAACAACGGUGAGAGUAAAUUGCUCGGAGAGACCAGUUUGAGGUUUUCCCACUGCUGAAACACGAGAAGGAUGUAUUUAGCACUGAGUCCUCACCUGGCCCGUCAUGGCCCCAUGCGUCUCCACACCUCAGCUGGUUGGAGGCACAGCAGCAUGCUGAGAAUCGGGGCUAAAAGUAAAUGGUAUGUAUUAGAGCUUUCUAGCAAACUAUGAGUUUUUUUCACACAUGGGCUUCAGCUGAUAUGACCAUCAAGGCAAUCGCUUUUAUUCUUACCAUUAUUUCAGUUUUGGGUUAACGUUAGGAAUGAAGAAUUAGGAAAAUGCUGACAAAGGACAGCAGUUCAACUGGCUUAAAAAUUAAAAAUCACACUGGUAAAGAAGUGGAGAAAAAAAAAAUCUUAUUUUAAACAUCUUUUUGGUAGAAAUAUAUAAUACAAAAAGGUGAAAAAGCUCAACAAUGAAUCACGUGGAUACUCUGACAAUGCAUCCACAGCGCAACCAGGUCUCAGCUGUCACAAUAAACAGAGCUGUAUCUUGAUCUUUGCCUUAGAGGUUACGGAAAAAUGAUUUUCCAGACUUACAUUAUAAGAAACUUAUCUAGAAAAGGUGUUAUCUGAUUUCAGGAAUGAAAAUAAAAGCCUUUCUUUGCAGAGCUCAGAAUAAAGUACUGCAGCAGAGAGCAGUAAUAAAGAUUGCAUCCCACAAGCCCCAGCGGACUAAAAUAAAACUCAAUUUUAGACGAUUUAAGGGUAUGGCCCUCAGUAUUCAGUUUCCAUUUAAAAUCACAAAGUCUUUUCGCUAUUAUUGAUAACAAAAAUAAAGGACAGACAUAGGAACCUGGCCUUUAAGGCUUUGCAGAUGUUAUCUAGUCAGAAUAAGAUCUGCAGCCUUCUA